UCGAGCUUUGCCUUGCCUAGGGUGUUGUAGGUGACGUGCUGCGAGAAGUCGAAGUACUUCUCGGCCAGAACAGUAAAGUCCGGCGGCGUACGGAACACACUCCGUUCGUGCAUCAGCAGCACGUCUCUCUUCAUGGCGCAUUCUGGCAACUCCCGCCAAACCAAGAUUUACACUCGCACUGGUGACAAAGGCACAUCGGCAACGUACACGGGUCAGCGGCGACGCAAGGACGAUGCCGUCUUCGAGGCCUUGGGCGCCACGGACGAGCUGAACUCGCACAUCGGCUACGUCCGCUCGGUCCUGCACCACCCGGAGGUCAGCGAGCAGCUCAAAUGGGUUCAGUGCUUACUUCAAGACCUCCAGGCUUCCAUCGCAACACCAAACUCGUCGGCGUCGGAGGGACAGAAAGUCAAGACUGAUUUUCCCGCUGAGCACAUUAAGGAGCUGGAGCAGUGGAUUGAUUCACAUUCUGAGAACUUGCCGCCACUCAAGAACUUCAUCCUUCCCUCCGGAAGUCCAGCUGGUGCUGCCCUCCACAUAGCCCGCUCUGUCUGCCGGCGUGCUGAACGAAGGGUGACUACGCUUUUCUUGGAAAAUGAGGUGGAUGAAGUCGUGAUGAAAUAUAUAAAUAGGUUGAGUGACUACCUGUUUGUUGCGGCGAGGAUCUGCUCGCAUCAUGAAAAUGCGGAGGAAACCAUUUACAAGUGACACCACAUCAAGGAUGCUAGCUGCUGGCUUUCAUGUUAUAGGAUUUUCCAUUAAUAAAGGGUGGCAUGGCUUA